AGUAAGAUUUCUAGCGUAACCUUAAGGAAUCUUGGAAGUCCUCAAACGCUCUAUUUAAACUAUGGAAUUUACGACCUAGGUUCAUGUCACAUCUACUUUCCAACUCCACAAUCUUCCUUGAAACAUAUAUCGAAAAAUGAAACUUAAUGUUUUUGUUGUUUUCUUCGCGCCUACGGUUCUUGCUACAACAAAAGUAUGGAAUCUAAGUGGUAGCUGCAAUUCUGCCAACGUCUGCGACGUGGAUACAGCAUUCAACAAUCCGAACAACCCGAAGGUGUGUAAUGGCAGAGCGGGACAGUAUGUUGGCACAGGUAUCAACGGAAGAACAUGGUGCAGUCCUCCAGGCACCAAAUGCACUUAUGUUUGGAGGUGCUAGCUGCUUGCUACUGUUCGAAAGAAUACCAGUUAGGGUCCGAAACUACAGUGCAGACCGAGGCUGGCAGGCGGUUGUCUCUUCAGAGGUCGUGGUAUCAGUGGUU